CCGAAACAGUUACUUUCUUUUUGUAUCCCCUGGGAUUCUGGAUGCUGAUUUCUCAUCCUCCUGCACUGGUGUGGGCCCGACCCUCGGCUCUGUGCAGACUGCCCAGCUCUCUGGAAGCUUGCCCUGAGCUGGGGAGCCCCAAUCCCAGGGCCCUACAGGGCCCCUCCCUCAACCCGGCCUCCCCCACGCCCCCUGAUCCCACCCCGUGCUGUCCCGGCAGGCUACUUCCUGUCCUCUCUUUGGGAGCCGCCCAGGUCGCGGCCCCUAAAGGAGGGUUGCAAAGGUGGCCAAGAAGCAGAGGCUCCAGGACGCUGAGGGGCAGAAGCCAGAGCCUCAGGGAGAAGUUGCAGCUCUCCUCCCGUCCUGUGCACAAGCAGACUGGGCCCCUGCAUCUGACCCUGGAAGGAAGAACCUCUUGAGAUGUCUUCCAAUAAUGACCCUGUUGCAAUCCCAAUGAUAGAAAGAAAUCCCAGUGACCUUCCUGGAAUGGACUCCAGUGACCCAGACACAUUGACUGGAGAGGCUGUGUUGAGUUUUCAUAACAUCAGCUAUCGAGAGACAGUGCAGAGUGGCUUUCCAUUUUGUAAAAAAACAGAGGAGAAAGAAAGACUAUCUAAUGUCAAUGGGAUCAUGAGACCUGGCCUCAAUGCCAUCAUGGGACCUGAAGAUGGGAGCAGAUCUUGGUUACUAGAUGUCUUAGCUGCAAGGAAAGAUCCACGUGGAUUAUCAGGAGAUAUUUUGAUAAAUGGGAAACCUCGACCUGCUAAUUUCAAAUGUACUUCUGGUUAUGUACCACAAAAUGACGAGGUGAUGUGCUCGGUGACUGUGAGAGACAAUAUAGAGUUCUCAGCAGCUCUUCGACUUCCAAUGACUAUAACAAGAGAUGAAAGAAAAAGACGAAUUGAUGAGGUCCUUGAACUUCUGCAUCUGGAUGAAGUGUCAAAUGUCAAGCCUAGAUCUAAGGAGCUCAAGAAAAGGACCAGUAUAGCAAUGGAGCUGGUUGCCGAGCAUCCCAUUCUGUUCUUGGAUGAUCCCACCACUGGCUUAGACUUGAGGACUACAACAGAUGUCAUCUUGGUCCUGAGAAGGAUAUCUAUGAGGGGACAGACAGUCAUCUUCUCCAUUAAUCAGGCUCAGUACUCCAUCUUCCGAUUUUUUGAUAGCCUCACCUUAGUGGCCUCAGGAAAAGUCAUGUAUCACGGCCCUGCACAAGAGGCAUUGGAGUACUUCAAAUCCGCAGGUUACGAAUAUGAUUCCCACAACAACCCUGCAGACUUCUUCCUGGACAUCAUUAAUGGAGGUUUCUCAGCUAUAUUAAACACAGAGGAAGAAGGCCAUGAUGCUGACAAAUAUACAGAACUUUCUGAGAGACGGCACCAAGUCACAGAAAAAUUAGACAAUAUGUAUGCCCAGUCCUCCUUAUACAGAGAAAUGAGAACUGAACUGGAUCUACUCUUGGGGGAACAGAGGGCAGGGAGGAGCUCAGCCUUGGAGCAGAUCACGUGUGUCACCCCUUUCUGGCAUCAGCUUUGGUGGAUUAUCUGUCGGUCAUUCAAAAAUUACUGUGGUUUUACACAGGUCACUGUGAUUCAGGCAUUUAUCAUAGCCAUACUGUCUGUGACUGUGGGUACCAUUUACCGUGUCCUAAGAAAUGACUGUAAUGAAGUCCAUAUCAGAGCUGGCCUGCUCUUCGUGGUCACCAUCUUCCAGACCCUCACUAGUGUUCCUGCUGGGGAUCUCUUUGUGAUUGACGAGGAUCGCUUUCUACAUGAGCAUACCAGUGGAUACUACAGAGUGUCACCAUAUUUCCUUGGGAAAUUGCUGGCUGAGCUGGUACCCAGGAGGUUAUUGCCAAGUACUAUAUUUACUGUUAUAGUAUUCAGCAUAACAGGAGUAAACACAGAUGUGAAGAAUCUCUUCACUAUGUAUUUUACCAUCAUGAUGUUGGCUUAUUCUGCCAGUUCUCUGUCCCUGUCUUUAAGGGCAAGACAGAAUGCAGUGGCUGUGCAAACACUGUCGGUGACCAUCUACUUUCUGUUCAUGAUGUUUUUCUCAGGUCUGUCAAUAUAUUCAGAAAGCUUAGUACCUGGACUCUCAUGGAUUCAGUACUUCAACAUUCCUCAUUAUGGAUUUACAGCUUUGCAACACAAUGAAUUCCUGGGACAAAACUUCUGUACAGAACAUAACACAGCAGAAGUCAGUAGAUGUCAGAACUACGUAAUAUUUGAAGACUGUUAAAUUCUAAGAGACACAAGGAAAUGGAUAUACACAGAGAUGGAGACACACAGAGAUGGAGAUACACAGAGAUAGAGACACACAGAGAUAGAGACACACAGAUAUGGAGACACACAGGGAUGGAGACACACAGAGAUGGAGAUACACAGGUGGUAAUUGUAUUAUAUUCAGAACUUUUAGCAAUAGCAGCUUUUCUAACCUGUGUCAAGGCCCCUGCAUCCUGCUGUGCUCCAACUGCUACCCAGGCUCUCUCUGUAGCCAUGGGCUGCUGGGGAUGUUCCAUAGCUGAGCAUCCAUGGUUGUCAUGCUCCCUUAGUAGAGUGCCUGACAGGAAUGGACUGACUCCUGUCAGAAACCCUUAGUCUCUCUGGUUCUCAGUCUAGAAUUUGAUGCUGUGUUUAUUGCAUGACUGUCCACUGAGUCAGCUGAACUGCACAAAGCUUUGAUCUCUUAGAGUGUCUGUGUGUCAUUAGGAAGCUGAGGUUUUCCACUACGGGAGAAAUGUGGACUUCACCCAUGCCUUUGCCCUUUGAGGAGAGAGCAGCACUGUAGAUUUAGAAGUGGAUGACACCUUGAAGACUACAAAGUUGGACCUUAGUGUGACUCUCUUAACUCAACCUACUUUACUGAGCCUACUUCCUCUAUGCAUUUAAAUAAAUGUGAUAGCUAUGCCUCUUUGGAUGUUUUUUAUAUCAACAAAGUGACCUAAUACAAGUAGGUUAGAUUGACAUAAUAUAUAACAAAAUUCUAAGUACUUCAUUACUACCAUCAAUUGAAUAUAAAGAGGAAUUUUUUUUUCCCCCGAGACAGGGUUUCUCUUGUGUAGCUUUACGCCUUUCCUGGAACU